UGGGCCAGCAAUGAGCCCUCUGUAAUCAGACAUCUCCCUCCAGAAAUCAGGUCUGAAAGUAGUGAACUAUGGCUCAGCGAAGGUCAUCAAGACAUACCAGAAUCCACCCUUGGCUUGCACUGGAAUUGCCAAUCUGAUACCUUGUCAUACAAGCACCGCAGGGUAGACAGCUCAGUAGUCACUAUGCGCACCAUCUACAAGAUUUUGGCUUCUCAAUAUGACCCUCUCGGUUAUAUUGUCCCCUAUACCACCAGAGCAAAGCUGUUGGUCCAACGUCUAUGGGAUAAAAAGAGAGGGUGGGAUGACCCACAGUUACCAGAAGAGUUGCUCACCGCUUGGCGCAGAUGGGAAGCUGAACUUGAUGAUCUGCAGAGUAUUCACAUACCCAGAUGUUAUACAAGCCCAGAAAUGGAUCACCCUAGCAGUGUGAGGGAGAUACACGUGUUCUGCGAUGCUUCUGAACAAGCCUAUGGUUCUGUUGCUUAUUUGCGAACUGAGAACCAUGGUAAAGUAGAGGUAGCUUUCCUGACGGCAAGGUCUCGUGUUGCUCCCAAGAAACAGCAGUCGAUACCCCGUUUAGAGUUAUGUGCUGCACUUACAGGUGCCCAGAUGUCAAAGGUCCUCAAAACUGAACUAACUCUUACUAUUCAACAUGUUGUACUAUGGACUGAUUCGACCACAGUACUUACAUGGUUAAAUUCAGACUCCUGUCACUACAAAGUUUUUGUGGGGACCAGAGUGGCGGAGAUACAAGACCUGACAGAGGCAGACACAUGGAGGUAUGUCCGGUCCUGUGACAACCCAGCAGAUGAUGUAACUCGGGGAAAAACUCUUCACGAGCUAGCUGACAACAGUCGUUGGAUCCAUGGGCCUCCAUUUCUCAGACAGUCACCAGAACACUGGCCAGAGCCACCGUCCCUUACUACUAAUGAGCAAGAUAGUGAGCUGAGGACAUCUACUUUCUGUGGUAUAACCACAACUACUUACCUCUUGCAAGACCCUGCACAGUACCAGACCUUUCAGAAGUUAAUUCAAGCAACUGCCUUGCUGCAUCAUGGUACUCAAGAUAUAUCCUCCCUCUCAGCAGAAGAUUAUACGAAUGCUGAAAUUGCAGCCCUACGUCAGGUGCAAUUGGAAUCAUUCCCCACCGAAGUAGCUCAUCUGAAGGCAGGCAAGCCAGUGUCAGCCACUAGUCGACUGUUAGCACUUGCCCCAGAAUUUGAUCACACAAGCCAGUUAAUCAGAGUGGGUGGUCGUCUCCGCCGUGGUACUCUGCUCGAGCCAGAAAUGGUCCACCCAAUUCUUCUCGAUCCCCAUCAUCCAAUCACUAAGCUUCUCAUCAAAGAUUAUGAUGACCAGUUGCAUCAUCCUGGAUCAGAGAGGCUGUUUUCCGAGGUCAGGAGAAAGUUUUGGAUACUAAGAGGGCGUGAAGCCAUUCGUCAACACCAACGAAACUGUGCCGAAUGUAGGAAAUGGCGAGCCCGUCCAAACCCACCAAGGAUGGCUGACCUUCCUCCAGCUCGAUUGCGCAUCCUGAAACCAGCAUUCUACUCUACUGGUGUUGACUGUUUUGGUCCCUACAUGAUCAAGAUUGGGCGCCGCAGUGAGAAAAGAUGGGGGAUACUGUUCAAGUGUCUGACCACUAGGGCAGUCCACAUUGAUAUCCUCACCAGUAUAGACAUGGAUGCCUUUUUGAUGGCUCUCAGGAGAUUCAUUGCAAGGCGUGGAAAACCUUUUGAGGUUUUGUGUGAUCAGGGCACGAACUUUAAAGGAGGGGAGAGAGAGCUCAAAGAGGCAUUCAAUGCCCUCCAUUCAGAUCUUCAAGCUCAACUUGCAGGCCACCAAAUCAAAUUUGCUUUCAAUCCUCCAGGUGCACCUCAUUUUGGAGGUUGCUGGGAAAGGGAAAUUCGGUCAGUUAAAUCUGCUCUUCAAGUUACACUAGGGGCCCAAGCAGUCACAGAAGAAGUACUGAGGACACUUCUCAUAGAGGUUGAAGGGAUCCUCAAUUCCAAACCUCUUGGCUACACAUCUUCGGAUCUGGCAGACCCUGACCCAGUUACCCCAAACAUCCUCCUUAUGGGGCGGCGAGAUGCUUCUUUACCACAAGUAGUCUACCAGAACUCAGAAAUGUUAGGUCGUCGGAGAUGGAGGCAUAGCCAACUCUUGGCUGACCAUUUUUGGAAACAUUUCAUCCAGUAUUAUUUACCCAGCCUGCAAGCACGCCAAAAAUGGAAGACAGAGAAACAAGAUCUUCAGCUUGAGGAUACAGUUAUGAUCAUUGACCCACAGCUGCCUCGUGCAUUAUGGCCAGUAGGGAGGGUUACCCAGGUAUUUCCUGGUGCUGACAAAAGGAUCAGGUCGGCAGACGUACAAGUUAAGGACAGAACCUAUACUCGGCCUGUAGCCAGACUUGUUAGUCUUCCCGCUCUGCCUGAUGACGAUUAGUAUAUUCCAUUCAGCACUUGCAGUUGGCCUUUUGAUGUACAAAUUCCACAUGUGAAUUUGGGGGCGGCUGUGCAAAAGGCAGAGCACCUAGGAGCAGCCCCUCCCUUCAUGAUUCUGUAAUGACUCCACCAAUCAGAUGGCUCAUUACCUCUCACCCAAUCAGAAGGCAGAAGUAAUCAGCCCUGCAGCUGCAAUUAUCAGUGCCUCAGUAGCUGAGAGAGAUGGAGAGAGUUCAGCUUCAUAGUUUAAGUUUAAAGUUGAUUGUUCAGGUUGUUAAAUUAUAAGCUGCUCAGUUCAUUUGGUGUGCGUACGUUUAAAAACCACACAUGCAUAUAAGUCAAUAAACUACUGAGCAGAUUUCCAGUUUCCGUUGCUGAUUCACAUCCUCGGGGACAUCCUAACCAAGUUCUUAUCCGACUUCCUGUAGUGGUUCAAUUAACCUGAACCAGACUUUGAUGCUAGUAUACCAAUUUGUGUCCUUU